UGGCAUGCCGGCAGCGCCAACCAUUUUGUAAACCGGCCGCGUUGGGCAGCGCGGUACGCAGUCGCAGCCAACGCGAAGCUGCUGCAGCCCCACGAGAAGCGGUCGAACACGUAGCUCGCGGACCCACGUGCACCACCCACAGCAAGCAGGGCAGCCCCACAGUCAAAGCAUGCAGCCAUGACCGAGCGGGGCCUGCAAAGGACCGCGUCCUAUGCGAGCACGGACGACGAAUCCAACGCGAGCGAGGACCGCGUUCGAGUAUGUGUUAGAAUACGACCGCUGGCGCCGAAGGAGGCGGCAAGGGGCGCGACGAUCAGCUGCCGCGCCGACGGUUCGGAGGUCGUGCUCGAUGAAGGUAAACGAUAUGCGUAUGAUUGUGUGUUUGGCGACAAGAGUUGUGAUGAGGCCCAGGCGCAGGACGACGUCUGGCGGGAACUAGCACCUACACUAGCUCCGGCGGCGAAAGAAGGCUACAACGUCAGCUUGUUAGCCUACGGCCAGACGGGCUCGGGCAAGUCGCACACCAUGUUCGGCCGCAAGUCUUGUCGGGGCGUCGUGCCGCGGUUCUGCGAGGCUUUGUUCGAGGACGGUGAGGAGGGUUUAUCUGUAGCUGCGUCCAUGCUCGAGAUCUACAACGAGAAGUUGAGGGAUUUACUGGUGACUUCUUCCGAGUCAUUACGCAUCCGGGAAGACCCGCAGACGGGGCCUUAUGCCGCCGGAGCUACUGUCGUGAAGUGCGCGUCGGCGCAAGAUCUGCUGAGGUUGGUUCGGCUGGGCGCGCGCAAUAGGACCAUUGCCUCAACAAGAAUGAACGAGACGUCGUCGAGAGCCCACACGGUCUUCACCGUGCGACUCGUGCGAGAUUCCGUCGAGGACGGGUAUUCGCUGCGAAGAAGUGCUUGUGUUCAUUUGGUGGAUCUCGCGGGUUCCGAACGGCAGAAACGAGCGGGUUCGACCGGUACGCGCCUGAAGGAGGCCGGCCACAUCAAUAGGUCUCUCUCGACUCUAUCUGCCGUGGUCAACGCCCUCACGAAAAAGGACGGAAGGCACGUGCCUUACAGAGAUUCGACACUCACCCAUCUAUUGCGAGACUCGCUCGGAGGCAACGCGCGGACGACCAUGGUCGCGACGGUGUCGCCAUCAAUUGAUGACGGAAACGAGACUCAUAGUACAUUAAGAUACGCUGAAAGAUGCAAGAAGGUCGCUUGUAGACCCGUAAUAAACGAGACGGAGCUCUCGAAGCGCGACUCCAUCAUCCGGAAGAUGGCUGAGGAAAUUCGACUGCUGCGCGAGGAGCUCGCGGCCGAACGAGAGAAGAAAACGGUGAGGCCGCAGGGCUUCUCCUCGAGCAGUGAACCUCUCGAGGACGACUCGUCGCCGGGCAAGGCCCUGACGAUGGCUCGACAACGCAUGGAGCAGGACGCCCUCCAGCGCAUCACGGACUACGAGUCGUCGAUGUCGACGCUCUCCGAGUGGGCGCCGGCGGGCUGCGAUUCGUUGACGACCGUGGAUCAGCUAGAAAGGGCGUCCUUCGGCACGGCGUCUCGAGGUGGUUUAGCUACUAGAAAGUCGUCGCGGGAAGCGAGGCUCGUUAACCUGAACGAGGACCCGCAGCUGUCUGGCGCGUUACGCUAUUCGUUGAAAGAGGGCGCGUCGGUCAUCGGGGCCGGUCGGUGCGACGUGCAGCUCGGCGGUACGGGUGUCGCGGAGGAACACUCGAUCAUCAACGUGGUCAACGAUGACAUCGUCGUGCACAAGCGCCAGGGCGACACCUACGUGAACGGGAGGGAAGUAGUAGAACCAAUCAAACUGAAACACGGCGACCGCGUCGCCUUUGGUAGACUGAACGUCUUUCGAUUAUCACUACUAGGACAAGACGACGACGGCGAGGGCGACUGGGACGCGGCGGUCGCCGAGCUCGCGGCGCACGCUUCGUCGACAUCGGGCCUGGACCUGCCCUGGGACGACGACGCGUCCUCCUCGACGCGAUCUAGACAACCAUCUCUGGAAAGCCUCGACUCGGCCGUCUCUGGGCGCAGCCGGCCGUCGUCGUGCGAGCUCUCGCCCGUCGUCGAGAGCCCCGCGCGGGCGGCGGCGAAAGUCUCCUUCGACGAUUAUGAUGCCUUGGGCGACGCCGGCGCGCGCCACCGCGCGGCGGCGCGGCUCCAGGCUCGGUCUCGUGGCCGCGCGGUGCGGCGGCGGCGGAAGAAAGCGCCGCGACCUGUGAUCACGUCGCCCGUCGCGCGCGUGUCGCCGCCCAAGGUCUUCUCUCCAUUGGAAGCGGAGGUCGCCGAAUUACGUUCAAGGUUGGACGCCAUCGAGGGGCGCGACCGGCCGCCGGCCUCGCCCGUCGUCGCGCCCGUCGCUCCGGCGGCGUCGCCCGCCGCGAAGGCGGCUCUUGAAAAACGCCUGCGUGGCGCGCCCGUCGCGCCGCGAGGCAUCACGUUCGGCAACGCGGCCGCCGGCGCCGCCGGCGACGUCGGCGGCGACGGCGCGCUCCGGAAGGACGAAGCGGCCCGCGAGCGCCGGUCGGUCUUCGCGAAGGCGUCGCCCAGCGCGCCGGCGAAGGAGGCGUCGUCGCCGUUCCUGGAGUACCACAACAAAAAAUCGAUCUCGCCCGGCGCGCCGGCGUCGCCCGAAGCUGCGCCCGAGAAACCGCGGCAGCGGCCGCCGCCGCGGCCGCCGCUCGCGGACGUCACGCAGACGUUGGAUCCGCACGCGCCGCGGGCCGAGCUGCGCGCCGCGCUGAGAAAAUUGAGACCCCUCGCGGCCGCGGCGGCCGCGGCCUGGGGCGGCAGCUGGGCGCCGGUCCUCGAGCCCUGCGUCGCGACCGACGCGACGCUGCGGUGCUUACCGAGUGUCGCGCGCGAUAAUGGGAGGAGCGUGGACCAAUCGCUGCUCCAGUGGGCGUUGAAUAGGGACGAGGAACCCAUCCGAGGCGCCGGCCGCAUUGGAGUGGCGGGCGUCCAUUUAGAGGCUUUGGCGAAGGGCUUCGACGUGCGCGGGAGUGUGGCGGUUGCGGACCGGUCUGGUGGCACGGCGUGCACGUUAGCCGUUGCUCUUCGCGCUAGGCCCCGCGGCGGCGUCAAAGUUGGUCAUCGUGUUUCGAUCGACGUGGCCAUGGCCGUGACCGACGGGCUGGAUGACGUCGAUAGCGGUCUACGGCGAAGUUUAGUGUACCAGUUCUUCGACCGGCCGCCCACCGUCGUCGUGGCCGAGGGGCCGCUGCGCCACGCGGCGUCGCUGGAGCUCGACGUGACGCCGGCGCUCUUUUCUUAUUUAUCGGCGGAGGCGUUGUUGGUCGAGGUGCGGCUGGUCGAUGAGGCGUCGGUCGCGGCGGCGACUGGGUAGGGUAAUAAAUGUGGUAACAGG